AUGGCCUCCGCCACGGGGAUUCCUGAGCAGCCUCCCGCAGCUGUCAACGGGGCCGAUGAGUACGAACCUCUCCUGGGUAGGCCAGGAGAUGUCAGUCAGAAGGAGGACCAGUCGCUGGUGACAAAUCUGUUCACGGGCACUGCAACAAUUGCCCAGGCGGGGAUUUGGAUCCUCGCUGCCCUCGUCUGGAAUGGCAUCUUCUCCCACGAGCUCAUCUUCUUCUCCCCGCAUCCGCUCCUCAACUCUGCGGCCAUCCUCCUAACCACCCAAGCCAUCCUCAUCCUCCAGCCAACCCACACCCCUUCCCAGAAGCGCAGCGGCACCCUGACCCACUUCGGGCUUCUCGCCCUCGCCAACCUCUGCUUCAUAUCCGCCCUUGUCAUCAUCGAGAUAAACAAAGCCCCCCACCCAGAAUACCGCUUCCACUCCGUGCACGGCAUCAUGGGCCUCGUCACCUACAUAUUGAUCUUCCUGCAGGCCGCAGUAGGCGUCGCGCAGUAUUUCUUCCCCGUCAUCAUCUUCGGCAGCGUAGACAAUGGCAAGAAGAUCUACAAGUAUCACCGCGUCAGCGGAUAUGUGGUGUUCGUGCUGGAGUUGGCGACUGUCGCGGCCGCAACGCAGACGGAUUAUAAUAAGAGCACGCUGCAUAUUCAGCUCUGGGCGGUGUUGGUGGCCUCUGUUCUGGUCCUGGGAGGCGUGGGCGCGAGGGUUAAGAGGCAGAAAAUGAAGAUCUUUUAG